AUGGCGACAUGGAAGGAGCUUGGAGAGGUUCCAGAUUCGGACGACGAAAGUAUUCUCAAUAGCGAGGAAUCACAGGAGCCGGAGCUUCCUGCGGCUUCUCACGACGUACACGAUGUAGACGACGAUCCGCUCACCGAAGCGCCGAUUACGGGAAACGAAGAUAUCUGGGAUGUACCUCGCUCAUCCCAGGAUCCCGAUCGCAAGACUACGACGUCUCCGGCUUCAAGCAACGAACUACCUACGGCCACGAAGUUGCCUCCGCAUAGCCCGAACUCUUCGCCUCUGUCGUCUGCUCCGCAAGUGCUCGACUAUGAUAGCGUGGAAGGUGUACAGGAGACUGGACACAUAGGGCCCGAUAAAGCGAGGUCCGAACGAGAUGGCAGCCUUUCUCCCAGCUUGAGGAAUGUGUACCCCGAAGCAGUGGUUGAAUCUGGCCCCAACCCUCUUUCGAUCGCUUCAAGGGCGAACAGCGCGGAAAAGGCUGCUGUAACGAGCGCUACUCGUAUCCACGAUUUGAUUCCAGACGAGUUGUUGGCAAUUCAGGAAGUUUCUCAAGCGAGUCGCUCCCUACGACCCCGGAAACCUAUCCAAGAACAUCCGUAUCAACUGGAGAGUGCCCGCUACAGCAACAUAUUAAAAUCCCAUGGUGUCCGGCCAAUCAGAGUCGCGUUGGAGGAAGAGGCGAGGCGGAGAAAAGCAGAGGAAGACUCUCAAGAACAGGACUAUGAUGAGGACAGCCAGUCCACCGUUAAGAAUAGUGCCCAAGUGGAGACAGGGGAGAGUCAAAACAGCCUUCAAGAGGACUUCCUGGACGAACACGAUGAGUUGGCACUUUAUUCCCCCGUCAGGCACCCAACUUCGCCUCAUAGGCACGGGAUGUCUUUUAGCGACGUGUUGGGUAGUUCUCAAACUGAUGCCAAUGAGGACCUGCCGUCUUUGGACGAAAUCUUCCAGAGGCGAACGAAGGAGAAGACGAUGACAUACAACAAGCGGCGAGGUUCUCCCAAAAGCUCAUCCAAGUCGAAAUUGCUUAAACUGCAAGCGAAUGCCUGCUUCAAUAAGACAGCCUCUCCCACGACUCAGAUGCCAGACCUAUUUGCAAUACCUCCAUCUCCGCCUCAGACUAGCCCCGCACUUCUGUCUAUGACUUCUGCGGAUCGAGCUAGACUUUCCAGGCCGGCGAUCGCUUCUCUCACUCCAAAGCCCAGCAGUACCACCGUCUCACAAAAUCAAAUACCAUCCCCUGCAAGGCAGGACCAGGGCGCGAUCGAUUUAACGGGCAUUGACGACUUUGAUGCAUCUUCAGAGGUGGGAAUGGCCGUUAUGAACGAUUCUGUGGAUGCAGCCGAAGAUAGCGAGUCAAGCAGUAGCCAGACAAAUGAGAUUGACGCGGUCCUUGAAGCCGGUCGAAGAAUUCGAGGGGUACUUCCCGCAUCCUGGCUUCGAUUAGAUCGACACGUGCCUCGUGACAGGAAGCAGCAAAAUCCACAGCGUCGAAGCCCCCAGCAUUCGCCAGAGCGAUUCCACCGAAAAGGGGUAGCCCAACGACGUCAGGUGUUGUCAAAACCCAGUAAUAAUCCUUUCUUUUUCGACGAUGAUUCCGAGGAUGACGAGACGAAUUUACGAAACAAUAAUGAUUCAAAAUCGCCUGAAAUACCCAUGUUCUCUAUUUUUGAUGACGAUGAUGAUGACGAUGCAGGCUCUGUUGUCGAAGAAGAUCAUAUCGAUCGAAUGUUACCAGGCAGGAAACGCGUGAGUUCUGCUUUGGACAGGCAGCAACCGCCGAAGAAACGGAAGAAGAGCCAAAAGACGUUUCAAGGUCAACCAGGCAAGAGGAAAUGGCAAACGAAAAUUACCGGACUUCUUGGUCGAUCCAAAAGUGGCACUGGGUCGAGCAAGACCACUACAGGGUACUCGCGCAAUGCGAGAGAACCAAGUUAUCCAGUGCCCAAAACACGGAUGCCCAGGCAAGCCACACCUCCAAGGCUCAGUAUCAUCGACGUCGUCAAACCAAACGCCCCCCCCUUCAUACGAAUUGCUGCUCGAACGGCAAAUCGAAGGCCAGACAAAGGCCGAUCGAGCCCCUCUUCAAAGCACAUCAGUUUAGGGACCAGGAAGGAUAACAUCGAUGCCCUGGGCACGCUCAGAAGCUGGAAAAAUGGGAAAAUCCAGUCUAGAAUUGCAUCGACAACCGCAUUGUAUCAUGCUCAGUCAAGUGAGCCGCAACCUCUCCAACCUAUAUCAAGCAAUCCGAUUAUUCAGUCGUCCAAAUCCAAGCCGAGACCACGUGCUCCCGCACCGGUAACUGUGCCAGUCUCACGCUUCUCUAAAUCUCGAAAACUGGUCAGACAGACCAAUCUCGAUAACUUCGUUGCCGUUGAGCAAGAUGCUACGUCGGUGAAUUCACCUGAUGCUGUGGCAGAACCUCGUCCAGCCCCCACUCGGUGUCUUCACAUUCAUCGAAUAGGAUCCGGGCGCGCCGCAUUGAGACCUGCCCAACUUGAGGUAGCUGGUGGGGAUGGCAUAAAUCGAUACGCUUUCGAUGCUCAAAAGAAGCUUCUCGAUAGGUUAUAUCGAAAGACGCGUAAGACCUUACCUGCCCCGGCCGACGUUCGUCUGGAACAAAUCUUCAGAGAAAACCCUACUAGCCCAGUCCCCCGGGCACUUGAAGAACAACCGCAACGGGAUGAUAGAGUGCAAAUUGCUAAGAGUUCACCGAUGAAAACCCGGUCUAGGCCGCGGAAGCGCUUUCAACCCCGGUGCAUUGAUACUACGGCACCUCAGUAUACACAUGCCAAUGAUCCGCUACCACCAUCCCACGAACCGAGUGCGACUCUAGAGUCAGUCGUGCUCCCCAAGGACAGUCUGAAAUUGGUAGGGCUAGGCCCAUUCGGCACACACUACACACAGCACUUCGAAAUCUUCCCUCUCGAUUCUGGAGUGUUCUUCCACGCGAGCACUAUUAUUGGUGAUGGACGAUUGGCAAAAGCUCUUGAAGGCAAACACUUGGAUGAGCUAUUAAGCCCCAGAGGUCAUAACGUCCUGGCUUUGGGCGACACAGUCCUGCGAUGGGGAUCGUGGGAUGCCCAGACUUCAUCAGAAAUGGGCAUCUUGUUUGACUGGGUUCUAGACAAAUUACAGCCCGGGCAAUCGUCCUUGGAAACAGAUUUCUUGACUGCGGUACGAGCCAUGGAUUUUGCACUAGAAUAUGUCCAACAAUAUCUUAGCGUACCCGACAGUGAAAGUGGGAGACACUUCGCGAAGAGGAUGUUGGAAGUUAUGCCGGGGUUCACGGAGCGCUUGAUGUCGUUGCUGGGCAGUCUCGAUUCUAUGGCAAGGCAACCGAUAGAGGUACUAACACGAUGCACCAUCAUUGUGAUGCAGACUUUGAGGAUCUGCGAGAAGCUCGCCGUUCCCGAGUCGCUUCAAAUCGAGGAAUUGCUGAAAAAAACGUGCCAGCAAACAGUCCGUAUGCUUCUGCAGAUGGACCUAGCAGACAUCCGAAGGUUGUAUGACGACCUCCAAGCCGCAUCUUCCAGGGACCGUGGUAUCCAAAAUGAACAAUUCUCCGCUGUCUGUUGGGUUGUGUUGGUACGAACUCUACAAACAGCGCGCAUCCCUCGAGCAGGGUUCUGGGAUGUGGUCUCUACCGCCAUGUUGACCAGUGAUCCUGCUUCCAUCGUCGACGCCCGCAUGUUAGAGCGGCUUUGGCGCAAUCUUUUUACCCUUCUCCCACUCGGCGAGUUCGACGAUGCAGGAGUUGCUGUCCCUGGAAUAAGGCACACGAUUCCUCUUGAAGGUUGGUCACUUCCACAGAAACUACUCAGCCGAGUGUUCGAAUUGUACAAAAGCAAUCAGAGACAAUCGCCAGGCUUCAAUGAGUAUUGUCGCGGAAUUGUGAGCCGCUGCCACUACUUGGUGGAGCAAUGGGGAUGGCGCAAGUGCAAUGGAAUUGUUGGCACAAUCUUCGAUUUUUUCGCGUCUCAGAAGUUGUCACACCUGCGAAACGAGGAGGCCUACAAGUCUCCCCAAUUCCUCGAGGACCUUGCCGGGACUCCCUCUCUGAUGAUCAUGCCCGAAGACAGGUGUUUUCACAUAUUUCUCAAACUCCUGGCUUUGGGUAUCCGACGCCUAAGAAAGUUUGGCCUGAUCAAAGAUAUGAGGAACCUCGUGGCGCGUGUGUUGCCCAACCACAAUCGACAGUACCUAAAGGAAGACCGCGUUCAUAAACACGAGCUGGCUGCGCUACGGAACCACCACGAUCUUCUCUGUACUCUGUUUUGGAGCGCCCCAGCCGACCUGCGUCCAUCCAUGCAGAAUAUCGAAAAACUCAUUGUUCCUGGCAGCUCCCACAAAGAGGCAUGUUUGAUCAACUUGCGUGCUUGGAACCAGUUGGCUCGAUUCAUUGUAUCAUCAGGUGGGGGCAUGGAUACAUACAAGCCCUUCAUGCAAUGGCAAAACAACGUCUUCAAGCAGGUUCUGGACCAGUACUCAUCGGCAGAAUCCGACAUUCAGCAGCAAUUCCUCAGAUUAUCCAAAGAUGUGUCGAGUGGGGUAGACCAUGAGAUGGUGAAAAGAGUUGUCAACAUGAACAAACAAACCGCUACGGACGUGCUGCAUUUCUCCUUGAAGGCUAACUUGGAUGUAAUCCGGCAUGCACCUUCUCUUGCAGCAGCUUCUUUCGUCAUAAACACCUACCAGCUCUUCGAGGUGUUUACGCGCUUCGCCUCGCCCGAGCCCGAAUUCGAUUGGGGUACGCUACAGGCAGCUGUUGACACAGUCGACGAAUAUUUGACGCGAAUCGAGAAGUUCCUCGGCCGUCAAUUAACAAGUUCAGAGUCGGCAGACCACUGGCAUGGGGAGGAUGCUAUCUCGCGCCUUGACCGAGACAUAGCCAAGACUUUCUUUCCCAUGGCCAAGAGACUUUUCUCAAGCUCUAUAGAAAACAAGUCGCUGGGUUCCAAAAACGGGAGGGUGCGGUGUAUAGAACAGGUUGUUUUAGUUGCCAGUCGAAUUGUGGCCCGGUUCCUGGACGUUGGGCUCUCGCGCCUGUCAAACUUCUUCUCUCCUGGAAAGUAUUGUCUGUUUGAGUCACUCCCAGACAAGCUGCCUCUUGGCUCAAGACGGUAUUUAUGUCUCUUCGUUGCGAACUUGAUUGAUCAGGAGGUCACAAGCUUCCAGGAUAUUCGAGUGAUCCAGAUAGAAUUGUUGUUGUGUGCAAUUGUCAAGCCAUUCUGUGCCCUUGGCUAUGAGAAUCAGCUUGUUGAGACAAUGAUACGCCACGGUCAUGAGUAUCUCCAAGACUUCAACGAUGUCGGCAUCAAGAUUGGAAUUUCUCCCGACUAUAAUUCUAACAGAGAUCUGUUUAAUCAUGUAAUUACGAAGAUGCGGCAAACGUUGCGCAAUGUGAAUCCGAGUCGCAAUCAUGAACUGAAAGCGGAGUGUUCUAAGGCUAUCCGAGCUGCGAUGGAACACAUGAAGCAAGAUCUAAAGUCGAUGACUUUGGACACAGCAGAGCACGCCAACUAUAUCCAGUUCAUGCGUUCAAUCAUUUCAAUCAUCAAAACGAACGACAUAUGCCCUGUCGACCAAUACUUUUACCAGAUCAGCAGGGAAUACUCACCCUCUGCACAAGAUCCCGGACUGCAUACCGCAACCAUCUUGUCAUUCGGGCUGAAGCUCGAAGAUGGAAAUACUGGUGCCGUAUCUGGGCUGUUUUUCCACCUUUACUUCAACUUCAAGCUUGCUCUGUCAAAUGACAAGCUUUCCGAAGAGAGCGCUAUAUUGGUGCAGGGCAUGAGGAAUCCACACGUGUUUUCAUUCGUACUCAACCGGAUGUUUCCGGCCAUCAUCCAGGCCGCAAUACGAAUACCAACUGCCUGGUUACUGAUGACGGUCUAUGUGGAUGCAUUGGAGCAACUGCUCACGGAAUCAUGCGUACAUCGAGAGAUCGGAGAAGAGAGUAUGCCUGACGUAUUGACAUUACUGAAGUCCAUUUCGACCGGUAUCCAGCAUCUUCGGAGACUUGAUAUCGCUCAUCUGCAGCCCGAGCAUUUACACAUCAUGACACACAUGACGAAGCUAGUCAACCUGAUUGGACCAUCGAUGGAGGCGUACCUUUGUAUGAAGUCAGUGUCACAGCCAGGGAAGGCGUUGACCAAAGAGAUCAACUCGUUUACGGACUUCACACGCUCGGCAGCAGACUGUCUAAGCGAGACUCUAGGUAUCUCUUCAGAUGCAGCAUUGCCCAUCCAGUUAAGCUCCAGCACUUUACUUGGAGGGAUUCGGCAUUAUAAAGCCGAUCCGACGUUAGAAUGCAACGCACAGAUCAACAAUUUUGUCAAGGAAAUCAUGACGGAUAUUCCGAAGAACUGGGUCGUCAAGGGGUCGAUAGCCACGAUAAGGGGGCCGGCGCGACCGGCGGCGCCGUCUUCAACGCAGUCGGGCAUGGGUACUACGGUGCCAGUAUGGAAUAUGAGGAAUUUGGCGAGUGAUCUGUAUGAGCAGAUCAUGGAGUGGAAUGCGGACCACGAUGUCUCGAAAGACGGGAAGAGGACGGGCAGGAGCAAUAGGAAAAUGAUGAUACAAGAGGAGUUCCUAUUUUGA